UUUUUUUUCUUCUUUUGUUUCCCCAGGAUGUUGGAGUACUCACUCAACCUGCAAAAUGUUAGCUUUUCAGCUGUGAGGACGGUGCGUGUGCUGAGACCCCUGAGAGCCAUCAACCGGGUGCCAAGUAUGCGCAUCCUGGUGACCCUGCUGCUGGACACGCUGCCCAUGCUGGGUAAUGUGCUGCUGCUCUGCUUCUUUGUCUUCUUCAUCUUCGGGAUCGUUGGCGUCCAGCUGUGGGCCGGCCUGCUCAGAAACCGCUGCUUCGUCAAAGACAACUUCUCCUUCCCUCUGUCUGUGGAGCUCGGCAAGUACUACCACACGGAGAACGACGACGAGAACCCCUUCAUCUGCUCCAUGCCCCGAGACAACGGCAUGAGGGACUGCGGCUCCAUCCCCAAGCUGUACGACGAGGCGGGCCAGCAGUGCAGUCUGGACAUCGACUCCUACAACAGCACAGACAACACCACCUGCGUCAACUGGAACCAGUACUACACCAACUGCUCCGCCGGCCUCAUCAACCCCUUCAAGGGGGCCAUCAACUUCGACAACAUCUGCUAUGCGUGGAUAGCCAUCUUUCAGGUGAUCACUCUGGAGGGCUGGGUGGACAUCAUGUACUUUGUGAUGGACGCUCACUCCUUCUACAACUUCAUCUACUUCAUCCUGCUUAUCAUUAUCGGCUCAUUCUUCAUGAUUAACCUGUGCCUGGUGGUCAUCGCAACUCAGUUCUCGGAGACCAAGCAGCGGGAGAGCCAGCUGAUGAAGGAGCAACGAGUGCGCUUCAUGUCCAAUGCCAGCACUCUGGCCUCCCUGUCCGAGCCGGGAUCCUGCUACGAUGAGCUGCUGAAGUACCUGGUCCACAUCAUCCGGAAGGGAGCCAAGCAAGUGGCUCACGUCUGCAGGUUUUUGGCCCGCCGCGCAGGACUUAACAUCGCCUCCUCGCCGCCAGCUACAGAGCCCACACAUAGCCAGAGGCAGAGGAGAAGAAGAAAAUCCUCCAGGCAGGGGUCUAUGUCGGUUCACCACAUGGUGCACCAUCAUCAUUACCUCCACCAUCACUACCAUCUUGGCAAUGGCAGCAUCCGGGAGGGAGGGAGCACGAGGUGUCUGGAGGGGAGAGACGUGGAGGCCGGGCCUCCCAAAGCAAGCACAAGCGUUGUGCCACUUGGCUUGGCACCGCCGACCUCUUUGAUAGCCGCAACCUCCGACUCAAACCUCGCCGUGUUGGGAAACCUGACCUCUGGAGCCGGCGACUCGUCCUCGGGUUGCGGCGUGCUCAGAGGAGAACCAUCUCACUGCACUUUGUUUCCCACCAACCGGGGAACGAAUCCAGUGGCCUUCCUGGCUCCAACUCCCACGUCCAGAACCAUGAAGAGGAACUCUGUACCGUUUGCUGCUCCGGGGCCGAAGAACUACCCCACCCUCCAGGCCCGAGCCCUGGCAGAGUCCAGGAGAGGGAGCAUCACCGCCAGCACGCUAACAAAUCUGAGUUACAAUCUCAAUAUCCCACCAAUGCAUCUGGACAGACGGCCAUCCAGCCUGGUGGACACACACACUCCAACAGCUCAGCUCUCCUGCCAAUUGUCGGCUCGUGAGCUCAUCACUAUGGAUGCAGCUGGUCUGACUAUGGACCCUGAGACCUGCCCUGAUUGCGCAAAGGCACUGGCCCAUGAGUUGGAGGGUUUCACCGAGGGCAACGAGACGCCAGGUGACUCGGACAGCGACGGCGUGUACGAGCUAUCGCAAGACCACCACCACAGGGACAGGAGAGACAGCCGGCAGCCCAGGAAGAAGCGUCGGAGGUUGGGCAAGACGGCUGCCAAAGUCGUCCACUUUUGGAGGCUGGUGUGUGACACCUUCAGGAAGAUUGUGGAUAGCAAAUACUUUGGUCGGGGGAUUAUGAUCGCCAUUCUGAUUAACACUUUGAGCAUGGGGAUCGAGUACCAUGAGCAGCCUGAAGAGUUGACCAACGCCCUGGAGAUCAGCAACAUCGUCUUCACCAGCCUCUUCUCCCUGGAGAUGCUGCUGAAGGUCUUGGUGUACGGGCCGUUCGGCUACAUCAAGAACCCCUACAACAUCUUUGACGGCAUCAUAGUGGUGAUCAGCGUUUGGGAGAUCGUCGGCCAGCAGGGCGGCGGCCUGUCCGUGCUGAGAACCUUCCGGCUGAUGCGCGUCCUGAAGCUGGUGCGCUUCAUGCCGGCACUGCAGAGGCAGCUGGUGGUGCUGAUGAAGACCAUGGACAACGUGGCCACCUUCUGCAUGCUGCUCAUGCUCUUCAUCUUCAUCUUCAGCAUCCUGGGGAUGCAUCUGUUCGGCUGCAAGUUUGGCUCUGAGAGGGACGGAGACACGCUGCCGGACAGAAAAAACUUCGACUCCCUCCUUUGGGCCAUAGUGACCGUGUUUCAGAUCCUGACCCAGGAGGACUGGAACAAGGUGCUGUACAACGGCAUGGCCUCCACGUCUCCGGUAGCGGCGCUUUACUUCAUCGCCCUCAUGACCUUUGGGAACUACGUCCUCUUCAACUUGCUGGUGGCCAUCUUAGUGGAAGGCUUCCAGACCGAGGAAAUUUCCAAGCGGGAGGACUUGCAUGCCCAGCUGAGCCUAAUUCAACUGCCUGUAGACUCAGGGGGGGACGCUUCUAAAACCGGGUCAGAGAUUGAUUCUGUUGCACGAAGCAUGGAAGACGUCAAUGGCAGCAAAAAGGACUUGUCGCCUUCAACAGUAGUGCCGGUGAAUGGUCACGUGGAAAUGAAGACCAGUCUGACUCCACCGCUCAUCACCCACACCGCUGCCACGCCCAUGCCCGUCCCCAAGUUGCCCGUGGCUGGUGACCCCGUCCUGGGCUACGAAUCUCGUCAAGGCAGCAAUAUCUCCAUGGACCCAGCUUGCUUUGACAAAUCUCCUACCAGCGCCCGCUCCUCACCGCACGGCCAGUGGACGACCGGUAGCGGCUGGGGCAGCCGCCGGUCCAGCUGGAACAGCCUGAGCCGUGCACCAUCGUACAAGCGGCAGAAACGACAGUCUGGUGAGCGGCGGUCUCUCUUGUCCGGGGAGGGCAACUCGAGCUCCGAUGAAGGAGACGGUGGAGGAGAAGGCGGAGGCGGGUUGGUGGAUGAAGACGACACGUCCCUUCCUAGGACGGACUCGAUGUCGCAGCCUCACGGAAGACCGCGGCACAGGAGGAUGGAGUCCGUGGAAACUCGGAGCUCCAUGGAUUUGCCUCCUGAGGCCUUACUGCAGGUGCCCUACCUGCACCGUUCAGCCAGCAUGCACAGCUCCAGGCCCCCCUCCCUGGCCCACCUACGGCCUCCAGAACACAGCGACUGCAACGGGAAGGGAACUCCGUCAGCCCUGGGCCCGACCAACGUUUCCCUGGAGGAGAACACAGAAGACGAGAACGCAGAGGAGGAGGUCAACCAGAGCCGUUUUGCCAGGAUUCUCCGAUGGAUGGAGAAGAAGCAGCCAGCAUGGUGUCGGCAGAGAGACACAUGGUCCCUCUACCUGUUCCCCCCAGAGUCCAGGUUCCGAAUCCUUUGCAACAAGAUCAUCACCCACAAGAUGUUUGACCAUGUCGUUUUGGUCAUCAUCUUCCUCAACUGCAUCACCAUCGCCAUGGAGAGGCCUCGCAUUCAUCCCACCAGUGCCGUGAGUGUCAAAGCUUACUCUGCCAAGUUAAACUCUUGAUACCACUGGCACUCA